GUGAUGGUGCACUGUAUACAAUGGCUGAAGACGUUAAUGUCUAGUCAUUGUUCGUCAAUAUUUGCGAUCAAAGCCGGAAAAUGUAGCACGGAACGUGCUGUUUAGAAGGUAAUUUUUACACAGUUGUCAAUAUUCAAAAUAUGGCUAGCUCUACGAGUGUGAUCACAUCAAGCGAAAUGGAUGAAACAAAGCCUGACUGGAAAGUGCCCUUGGCGAAACUAAACUCGGCUGUGAUCCAGGAAUCAGCUGAUGCCAAAGAGGGGAUACAUCAGUUAUUGUUAUCAGGAUCAAGACAGUGCCAUGCAAUACUAGGAGAUUUAUUUAAUCUGUACGUAAGAAGCAAUUGUACCACGGCUGGGGAGAUACUUUUGGACCAGAGUCAGCAAAGUCAUGUGAAUGUAUGUAUAAUGAUUUGCAUAUGCUUAUUAUCUUGGAUAGGUUGUGGGUGAUUCUGUACUCUUUUAGAUGUUAUAUGGUAUAAUUAUAAAUUUGGUUGAUACCAUAAUAUUGUUAUGGCAAAAUAAAAAAUAAAUCAUUUGAUUGUACUAUGAUUGCAUUUAAUAUUACUACUAGGACAUAACAUUUGUGGUUUGAUUGGCUAAAAGCCAAGUAUAGCCAACUGUUUUAAGUCCUUAUCUACACGAUACAAUUAUAUGAAUCUUAUCCUGACAUAUGUACUCAAAUAAAGAUGCCAGAUGGCGUCAGCAGUAAUUUUCAUACGCCAGAAUGACAAUCUUAAGGCCCAUUUACACGAUACGAUUAGUUGUAUACGAUUGUCAUUCUGACGAAUGAAAACAAGUGCUAAUGCCAUGUUAUUGCUCAUUCGCUAAUGGGGAAAUUUGAAAUGUGACGCUUGUACGCGUGUUUACUCGAUCACAUAUGCCAGGGUACGAAUCGUAUACAACUAAUCGUACCGUGUAAGUGGGCCUUUAUACAACAAAUUGUAUUGUGUAAAUGGAUGGGCCUCGGCAGUUUUUGGGAUGCUACUGUGCUAGCCCUAAUAGUCGUUUAUGAUAUGAGUAGUACAUAAGCCUGAUAGUCAUUAGCAAUUGUCUGACCUAGGCCCCAUGUACAUGUAUUCGGAUUUGUAACUGCAAACAUUUCAUUGCCAAAAAACUGUACACUUUUUAUCCACACAUAUAUCUGGCGAACAUGCACAUUGAAACCACUCAGGUUGAAAACAGGCUCCAAUGCAGGGCCGCAGCUAUAGGGUGUGGGGUGUGACACUAUUUUUUUGGCAAAAUAACUGUUUUAUUAGUAAAUUGUUUUCAUAAUCAGUGAAAAUGUUCGAGUGGCUCAGAUUAAAAAGCCGUAAUUAUAGUUAAUUAAAAUUUUUUUUAUAAAUUUAUGAAAAUAUUAAGUAAAUUUAUAAAUUUAAGAAAUUACGGUAGAUGAAUUAGAAAGUUAGUGAUACCUCCACCUCCAAUUUGCAAAUACCCUGGAUACGAGAUUGUUGGUGAACAUAUCCAAUGUUCCUCUUAGUUUUUGUUUGAAAAAAUGAAUGAAAGUUUGAAACAUCCUGAAACGAAAUAUCCUACCUUGCUGUUACUGUGGAACAUUAUUCAGCGACAGGUACGUCCGGCAAGAUCCUGACUUAAAUUUGCGCCAUUUGUGCAAAAGUGAGAGCUGCAAGUGUAAAUAAUACAUUGUUUUUUUGUUGCAGCCAUCAUGGCUUCACACUAUAAUUUCAACAGCAUUUUUCAAUUCAUUUAUCAAAUGUUUAAAGGUAAGAGAAUGGCACAAGCAAUCAAAAGAAAUGUUCAUAUUUUGAUGGGUGGCAUGUCAGUUCUGCAUUCAAAGAGAUCCAAAUGUACUUUAACUUCCAGUAAAAAUCGGGUGAUCUGUCUGGACUUUGUAUUCACAUAAUUUGGGCUAGAGCUGUGCAGACUCCGGUUAUUUUAGCUCCGGUUCCAGGUCCAGCAGUCAAAACUCUGGCAAGGAAAUUUUAAGGAAAUGUCGUAUUUUAAAAGUAGAAGCAGGCGAAAUUAUUUCAGUGUAAUUUCAGAAUUUAUUUUAUUCCUUUUUGAGCUUCUCCUUUACUUAUCAAAUCUAUGUGCUUCGGUCUUUAGACAAUGUUUUGUAGAAAGUAAAACUGCAUGGCAGCGUGGUAUUUUCGCCCAAAAUAAAUCGGGGUCAACAGAUUUUUGUAUCAAACGCGAUAGCAAUGCGCUUGCAGAAUUUUUGAAGCCACGAAUCGGAUUAAACUUUAUGGUAACUUCAAAUCAUUCAGCUUAAUUUUUCCAUUACCAAAAGUUCAUUGAAAUAUGAAAUAAUUAAUAUGUUAGUGUUUCAAAAAGGUUUCUUUUGAAUUUCCCUAAGAAAUUUUUGAAAUUUACUUUGCAAGGUUGAUAAUGACGUUGUUACAUUGAUGACCGGGGUCUUGAUCAUCACGUCAUUACUUCCAUCUGUGCCGACUUUGGUUGGCUCAUUAUUGGUGGAUUUUUAUGACAUCUUUGAGAGACUUUUCUUGUUUACUGCAAGAAAAAGAGGUUCGUUAUUUUUUGUGCUGAAUUUCGAUCGAAAUGUCACAAUGGACCAUUUGCAUUGUAGACUAAAUUUUGAUCUAGACACAAAUUUCAUCACAGCUUGAAAGAGCAUCACAAAAUUAGUAAUUUUGUAUUACACACGGGAAAUUGACAGCCCAAUCGGGUGUUGGGGCAUCAAUUUCCCAUUUGUAAUACAAAAUGACUGAAAAUUGCAAAUUUCGCAAGGCUAUAUAUAUUAUCUGCAUUUUACAACAUUUCGCAACGAAAGUUUGGAAUAUUACUAAUCUUGUGAUGCUCUUUCAAGCUGUGAUGAAAUUUUUGUCUAGAUCAAAAUUUAGUCUAUAAUGCAAAUGGUCCAUUGAGUAGCAGCACUCUUUCCUUGAUGAGUAAAAUUGUUGGGUGUUAGACAGAGUAAAAUUGUCUGGCAUUAGAGGGAGUAAAAUAAUAAAGCAGAUUAACACAGAGUAAAAUAGUCAGUAAUUCUCCUCUUUUUUGUGAGGUUUUUCCUUUCAUUAUGUUAUUACAUUACUCAAAUUAUGUUACAGGUAUCACUCCAGAUACACAUCUACUUCAUUUAAAAGUUGGUGUGUAUAUAUUUUUUCACCGUCUGUAUGCAAUGUAUCCAAACAAUACUGUUGCAUUUAUGAAGUCAUUUUACGAGUCAAAUCAUGGGAAAGAUGUCCACAGAUCUAUUGAGGUAUUUUGGUUAAUUGGUAAUGAUUAACAACUGUGUGGUAUUUACUACUGCAAUGCAAUACACCCUUCGGAAAGUACUCAGCCUCAGCUGUAGAGCUUCGUUUUCAUGAUGAGUAUUGGGUUUAGCCAGGGUUUGAGUGCUUUCAAUUUGACUCUACCAAACAACACAUGUUUUUUCUUGGUACUCUGAUUUCCUCACUAACAACACUGCACCAAAUAAGGAAGGAAUAGGCCUUCUGGAUUUCCUGGGAUAACAGUUAAGAGCUGACAGAGAUAUACAGUAGUUAGUUUAGUUUAGUUUAAUACAGUUUGUAUUUCCUGUAGUUGCUCUUAAGAUGGGUCAAAUUCCAUCCUUGGCUGGUUACUGAAAGUGAACAAACUGAAACUGGGAAAAGCAGGUAAUACUUUAAUCAUUCUUUGUGAUUUUGGACCUUCAUCAUUCAAUCACCACUUCCAUUAUCAACAUCAUCACCAUUAACCACUAUCACUAUCAUAGUUUUCACCAUCAUCACCACCAUCAUCACUGCAAUCAUUGUCACAACUGUCACCAUCAUAAUUAUCAUCACCAUCAGCAUCAUUAUCACCACUAACUACCACCAUCAUAUUUUCACCAUUAUCACCAUCAUUAUCACCAUCAUCAUCACCAUCAUCAUCACCAUCACCACCAUUAUAAUUAUCACCUUCAUCAACAUCACCAUCAUCACAACUAAUGUAUCACUGUCAUCACCACUACUACAACCAUCAUACUUAUCACCAUCAUCACCUACACCAUCAUCACCAUUAAAAACACCAUAAUUAUCACCAUCAUAAUUAUCACCAUCAUACGUUUUACCAUCAUCAUCAUCACAACCACCAUCUUGCAUUUUCUUGCAAGUUAUUUCGGAGCAGUAGCACUGUAGAUUUUUCUUGCAAAUGUAGAUGGCAAAGUAAAGAGGCACAUGAUGUAGUCAUUGACUGUGAAAAAGUCUCGCUAGAACCUAGCUCUUGUCAACUUCAGGAGAGCGAAACUCUAUCAUCGGUUUGCACAUCAAGACAAAGCUCGUCGGAUGUGACCAUGAGCGAGAGCUCGGGAGUCCUAACUAACUCCGAUAACAGCAUGCAACAAACUACAAGUGAGGAUGAAAGAUUAGACAUGGCAACCCAGACUGGAACCUCGUUACAAAAUACAGCAUACCAACAAGAUGAGUGCUCAGUUGACAGUGGUACUGACAUGAGCAAUAACACCCCGCUGGUUGCAUCUUCCGCAAUGUUUAAUAGUCCCACCACCUUAUGUAGUCUAUCCACACCCCCCUCCUCCAAAAACACCUCCCCCUCUGGGAGUGUCCUCGACGUCUCAAUAGGCCACACUACUCCCGUACAUAUUCACCCAUCUCACCAGGAGGUGGGUGAGCAAAGGUUAACUACCCCAAUGGACCAGUCCAGGCGAUCAAGCAUCAACCAUCAAACGGCUAACAGUUUUGCGGUCAUUGACGAUUCUUCAACUUGUGGUCGAAACACUCCGCCAAUUUUAUUAAACCCCAGAACAACCCCGACUUAUAAAGAAAAGGGAAAUACAGACGCCGGGAAAUAUGACAAAAAAGAUAGUCCGGAAGUUGACGACUCGGCGCACGAGUCGACGGAACAAAAAUCCGAAACUCCAAAUAGAACAGCCACGGAGAAAUUCACAAUGUCAAAACCGCCUUGGGAUUUGCUCGAAACGCUGCAACCAUUCACGACAAAUAUUUGUAGACAAUGUUUGGGAAGUUGUUCAGGCAGUUCCGGCAAGAAAAAUACGGAUUGGGAAAGUCAAAUGUCGCCCGCGCAAUUGCUCAAUCAUUAUUUGCUGUUUGGGCAGAAUUUGCAACAAGGGAAACUAAAUAGGUAGGUGUUGGGAAAUAGAUUCAGACUACGUUUACACUUGCGGAAACGAUGUUUCGAAUCCGGGCUGUUCUCUUAUCGGAUUCAUUUUGCCGUUUACACUAAUGACCACGAGUCCCAUACAAAAUUAUCAAAGUUAGAGUAGAAAUCGAGUCCCAUACAAAAUUAUCAGAGAUAGAGUAGAAAUCGAGUCCCAUACAAAAUUAUCAGAGAUAGUGUAGAAAUCGAGUCCCAUACAAAAUUUUCAGAGAUAGAGUAGAAAUCGAGUCCCAUACAAAAUUAUCAGAGAUCUGGAACUUUCGAUUCCGGAACUUUGUGUCCAAAAAAAAUAUGAGUUCGGAAAAAUCUCGUGUAUCGCAAAGAAAAUAGAGCUGUUUAUCUUUGUAGUAUACCACUGACAAGCCAGGAGGGAACUGAAUGGACCCAUUUUGGAGGUAAUUAAAUAGUAGUUAACUUUAAAGCACGCGAUUUUGAUUGGGUUUAUAUAACUUUCGCACUAACUAUAGUUAACUAUAACUACCUUUUCAUACAACCGGGCUCUGGAAUGAAAAAAAAUCUGUGUAACUGACUUCUCUGGAAGAGUCUUCAACCCCCUUUGGCAAUGGAUUUUCACACUUUAAUCUCUCAGGAAACAGCAUCCCUCCCUUUUUUUCUUCGAUUACCAGGCAUUGCCUUCCUAGCCCGCGCACAGGCAUUGCGCUGGGUACGAGAUUUGUUUACCGUCUGGAAAAUUUGACCAGUUACCCCCCUCCUUCUGGAGAUUGAGGUCCGUUUUGUAUCAGAUGUACAAGCUCCUUCGCGGUGGUGAUUUCCUUUGUGUUUGCGUCAUGAAUUAUUAAUGAGAAUUGACCAUUUGCGUAAUUGACAAAAUUUUGAUCUAGACAAAAAUUUCAUCGCAGCUUGAAAGAGCAUCACAAAAUUAGUAAUAUUCCAAAGUUUCGUUGCGAAAUGUUGUAAAAUGCGGAUAAUAUAGCCUUGCGAAAUUUGCAAUUUUCAGUCAUUUUAGAUUACAAACGGGAAACUGACAGCCCGAUACGCUUUGAGGCUGUCAAUUUCCCGUUUGUAAUCUAAAAUGACUGAAAAUUGCAAACUUCGCAAGGCUAUAUUAUCGACAUUUUACAAAAUUUCUCAACGAAACUUUGGAAUAUUACUAAUUUUGUGAUGCUCUUUCAAGCUGUGAUGAAAUUUUUGUCUAGACUUGUUGAGUUCAAAAUUUGGUCUAUUACGCAAAUGGUCAAUUACACGUACAACGAAGAACACGUAGCAAUAUAGUGUAUAUCCAGAACGUAUCAUUAUUCAUGUUGUAGGUUCGCCUCCAAAGGAUGAAAUGAAAUUACUCCGCAAAGAACAGCUCUUACUGCAGAGUGAACUGUUAUUUGAAAGACAUAAAUGCGAUCUCCAUGCAACGAGAAACAGAAGACUGGUUGGCAAGGUUUUCCAGGCAAAUGCUGUCAGGGAGGAACUAUCUGCUGUGGUAAGUAUUUCGUAUAUAGUUAAGAAUAUUGUGCACCAUGAAAUUACCCAGACAUGUUAGGUUAAGAUUUUUGGCUGUAUGGUCAAACGAGAACAAGAGUUGCAUGAGAGUUGACCAAGCCUGAAAAUAAAUUUCCAACGUAAGGUACCAACUGAUUGGUGCCUGACACUGGACAUUUUGUGCCCGACAAAAAAUAUUAACGCAAUCGAGCAAAUAUAAUUUUUCGUGGUCCUUGAAAUAAAUGAAGCCAAUCAAAAACUUAGUAACAACAAUCGCAUAUUUUCACAGGCAUAUUGUCUUAAUAUUCAUACGCGAUGAAAUUUGGACAUUCAUUAUUUGGACAAUUUGUACACAUACUUUUUAAAUGCGGAAUGCAAAUAUUUUCGGAAAUAUUAUAAUGAAAUUUUUAAUGCCAGCUGUAGACAGUUUCACCAAUAUAGUUGUAUUAAUAUGCUGCCAGACAACUGUCCAGCAAAAAACAGUUGUGCCGGACAAUUACCUUUUCGUACCAGACAAUGUCCGUGACCGGCCGCUUUUUUCGGGCUUGGUUUUGACCCUGGAUUUGACUGGAUAUUACCACGCGCGUAGCGAAAACUCUCAUCAAAACUUGAACCAGUUGGCAGUUUGAGAGUUCAAACGGAACGGGAGUGCAACUCUCAUCAACUUUCAUCACGUUUUGACUGGGGCUUUAUGUUGUAAUAUUCUAUAGAAAGAUCAACUCAACAUCCUUCAAAAAGAAAUCUCUUCCUUGGAACAGUCAUACAAAGAGAAAGAGAAAGAAAACAGGUAUACUAAAUGAGUACUUUUAGAUCGAAAUAUCUCCACCUUGGACUUUUAUUGACGCUACUUAGUUCUAUACUUAUCUUGUGCAAAUAUUUUGUAGACAGCUCAAAGAAAGAAUGGAAUCUUGGAAUUCACAACAAGUAGAAACAUUGAGGUAUAGACCUUAUGUAUAAUGACGUCAUAAGGCUUGAUGCCCGCGAGGAAUGCUGGUGUUUGUAGUCAUCGCCCGGGAAAAUUAAACAAUUCAAAAUGGCCACUAUCGAAAUUUUCCCAGGCGAUGACUACUAAGACCAGCAUUCCUCACGGGCAUCAAACCUUGUGACGUCAUUAUGCAUAGGGUCUAUUGUCACUAAUACUUCGCAGAAAGAACAGUAUCAAUCGUAGGAAAACACGUUCAAUAAUUCUCCGUAAAUAUAAGUACAUGUACGACCAAAAUGAAAUUUGAUUGGAAACUUUCGGUGUUAGUCGGACAUUUUUUGCUCCAAGCGUUUGUUGGGUAAAUCAAGUAUUAAAUAAUACUAAUGCAUGUACUUAAUGCCAAACUAUAUCUGAACUAUAGAGCAUAGUUAAAAUAGGGUUUUGUGGAUGGAAAUUUUCGAGUGUGAAUUUUAUACAUUUCUAAAGACUUAACCAGGAGGAGUUGUGAAAAAUGCAACUCUGGGCCUUCUGGUAGGAAUCGAACCUGCGCCCCCGCGAUUCCGGUGCAGCGCUCUAACCCACCAAGCUAUAGCCUGCAUGGCAGGCUUGCCCGAUUUUAGGGACCGCCUGCCAUGCAGGCUAACUGAGCUACAGAGUCUAGGCAAUUUGGCAAAACAUCAAGAUUUUCAGUAACAACAUUUCCGAGUUUAACUAGCAUCUCCAUUCACAAUCUCUGUCAUGCAUUAUGCGAUUCUUUCUUAUACAGCAAUCUAUCAAAAACAAACGAAAGAUUGACCACAGAGAAACAUGAACUUGAAGACGAGGUCAAACAUUUUCGCUCAGAAAAUGAAAAGUUAGAGGAGGUAUGCCGCGUUCAUAACACAAAACAAUUAUUACAAUGAAACGUACUCAGAUCCGUCCAUCGUCAAUUGUGCACGGUUUUGAUGGGCUUAUACAUGGGGAGACUUACAUACGGGGGGGGUUAUAUACGGACGACAUUCAUAUUUUGGUGCAUGCUAGUAAUAAUAUUGAUUGUACCUGUAAACUAUAGCAGGGAUGGAUUUACUGCGGGGGGGGGGUUGCACCCCCUAGCCCUGGCCAGAGGGGGUGCAGGGGGGGGUGCUAUUUUUCAUGAUAAAGCAAAAAAUUAUUAGAGACAAAAUGAGAUACAGUGAUUUGAGUAAUAACAUGAUGAUAAGCGAACUGUGAACAACAAUUACAAUUCAAAUACAGUAGUCAAGCAAGACUUUGCAGUAGUGAAGCAAGUUGAUGGGCGGGCGGCACACAUGACCAACACAACUCGGCACCAGAGCUGGCAGAGCACCCCCCCCCCCCUACCAGAUCAUGCUGGAUCCAUCCCUGAACUAUAUAGUACUGUGAAGGAAAAGAAAUGUAAACAUACAGUAUAUAACACAUAAUAAAGCAAGUUUUUUAACGUCACUUGUCUGAGCUGUUAGAAUCUCCGUCGCUGCGCUAAUAAAUACCUGUCCGAUAAUAAGCCCAUGGGCGUAUAUACGAAGUGGCUUAUAUUCGGGGAGUGGCUUAUAUUUGGAAUGGCCUGAGCGUUAGUGAAUAUGGUGGGCUUAUACGCAGGGGGAGGUGGGCUUAUAUAGACCCAUUGCACAUGACGUCACAGCGCCGGUGACGAUGCAUCUGGAGGACAAAUUAGCAAUCUAUGCAUAAUAUAACUUUUGUAAACAAAGCAAAUUUUGCAAAAGUUUAUAAUAAUUUUGUAUUAAAAUGGUUAAUUUUUGCGCUGUAUGCGGUGGUUGUUGUACCUGAACAGAUAUUGUUAGGGAGCAUCUGGAGGACAUUCUAAGGAUUUAUGACGUCAGUGCAAUGGGUCUAUUCGGCGGGGAGGGGGGGGGGGGUCAUAUAAAUUCUGAGGUUUACGGUAUGUCAUAGAAAUUAUACUUGGAAAUUCAACUUUCAAAGUUUUGCACACUUCCAUAUAGUGUGUAAAUCUUCCAAAAUAAGUGUAGAAUUUUCUAGGAAACCAAGAAACCAAAGAAAUAAAUUCUCGCGUGUAAACAAAUGGAACCGGGUUAAUUUGAGAGACUGUUUUCAUUUCGUCCGGUUUUGUGUGUGCGUCUGAAACAACGACAAGAAACCAUACUGUGAAACUUCAGUACAUGAUCGAAAUCGUUCUGUUUUGUAUUCAACCGAUAUUUUGCAAAGGUCAAAACACGUCUGGAACGUUCAAGUUGCAAAUUUUCAUUUGUAAUUUUGUAUUUAAUAUUAUUCGGAGCGAAGGUUGUUUGGUGAAAUAUCACCCGAAAUGACGAUAUUUCUCGAGGCCGAAGAUAGAUAAACUAUAAUUAUGAUAAAUUCUAUCGGGAAUAUCGAAAACUUACCGAACUGAAUGUUGUCCAAUAGGCUUAUCAAGGAUAUCCACCAAAAUUUCCUCGUGUAUGAAAUUUAGUCGUUUAGGUCAUGUAUAAGCGUCGUUUUAUUGCCCUCACAAAAGAGCAAACACAUAGUUCAGCAUUUUGUACAGUACCAAGCUUACUUUGUUUAAAAGAUACUUUGUUUAAAAGUCUCCAAAUUUCCUCAUUUUGGCGUGCUUUUUAACGAAUUGUUUUGAAGACAUUUUUUUUUAAACUUUUUGUAGACUGUAGACUGCGUAUUUUAUUUUUCCCGCCACUUUUCAUUGCCUUCCGUACUGCGUGUAGUCUCGCGUGUAGUCCACGAGAAUCGAAUUGUGCAGCAGUUUUACAGUAAUUUCUGUGGGUUUUUUUCUAGGAGCUGAAAGAGACAAAAGCGAAGAUAUUUCAACUUGAAAAAGAUCUAUUAUUUCUAAGAAGUUUAGAAAAAGAGAACACUGCCCUUAAGUCACAGGUAUAUACUGACUACGAAUUGUAAUGAGAAAAUAUUGUUAGUUAUACUCGUACGAUGUCAUGAACAGUGAUAAUUAUCACUGAUUUACGUCCGCUAUACUUAAAGGCUGACAUGCAAGCCAGAAAUCUGCUGAUAAUGGGAGAAAGAGAAGAACAGCUUCAGGAUUUAAUUCACAUUUUACGAACAACAGUUGAAAAAUCUCCACAAGUUGAGGCAAAGUUACACAUGUAUCAAAAAGAAUUGGAAGGUAUGCAGCUCUGUGAGAAGUGGCAUGCGAGUAGAAUUCUUCCAGUUUGACUUUGUCAAACACCGCAGGUUUUCAAGAGGGAUUCCGGUUUCCUCCUGCAGUAACAUUGGACUAAUAAGAGACAGUCUUUUACUAUAGACCUCUAGGGAGAACAGUUUAGAACUGAUAGAGCUAUCUAGUAUAAAUAAAGUUAGUUUAAUUGAUGUUUCCUCCUGUAAUAACACUAGAUCAAUAAAAGAUGAACCUUGCUGGACCUCUAGGGAGAACAGUUUAGAACUGAUAGAGCUAUCCAGUAUAAACAAAGUUAGUUUAAUUGACGUUUCCUCCUGUAAUAACACUAGAUCAAUAAGAGAUGAACCUUGCUGGACCUCUAGGGAGAACAGUUUAGAAUUGAUAGAGCUAUCUAGUAUAAAUAAAGUUAGUUUAAUUGAUGUUUUCUCAUGUAAUAACACUAGAUCAAUAAAAGAUGAACCUUACUGGACCUCUAGGGAGAACAGUUUAGAACUGAUGGAGCUAUCCAGUAUAGAUAAAGUUAGUUUAGUUUAUGUUUCCUCCUGUAGUAAUACAGGAUCAAUAAGAGAUGAUCCUUACUGGACCUCUAGGGAGAACAGUUUAUAACUGAUAGAACUAUCCAGUAUAAAUAAAGUUAGUUUAGUUUAUGUUUCCUCCUGUAAUAAUACUAGAUCAAUAAGAGAUGACCCUUGCUGGACCUCUAGGGAGACCAGUUUAGAACUGAUAGAGAUAUCCAGUAUAAAUAAAGUUAGUUUAGUUUAUGUUUCCUCCCGUAGUAACACUGGAUCAAUACGAGAUGAUCUUUAAUGGAUAGGAAGAACAGUUUAGAACUGAUAGUUUCCUUCCGUAGUUAUAGUAACACAGCAAUGAACUAGAGAUGGGCUUUACGGAAGCUGUAGGGAGAGCACAGUCUUUAGAACUGAUAGAGUUGUCCAUAGAACUAUUUUAGUCUAGUUGUUAAAUACUUUAUUGUCUUUAUUGUAGAUGCACGGGCCUUGGUUAAUGAACAAAAAUCAAACCUGAUAUUUUUUAGAUCGAAUGUCUCGGACCUUGAGAAUACCUUAGUACAAAAGGUGAGUAUGGGUUGAGCUAAACUCUGUUUACCGUUACUGUAGAAUUUCGAAAGUUGAUAUUUUUCUUUGCAUAUUUUAAGGAACAUCAAAUAAAAGAUCUUAAAAAAGCGACGGACAGAAUAACGAAAAUAUGGAAAGACAAACUAGACGUAAGUUAUUUAUAUUCAAAACAUCUUUUCUUCAUUUACACAGCUCUAGUUCCAAACUGACUAAAGUCGACUGCUCGGGAUGUUGUCCUCCAUUCUUUUCUGUCUCUUGCAAUGUCCACCGUCAGUUCCUUGAUAUUUAGAUCUUUUUAGAGGCCCCACAUCUUCUUCUGAUCUCUUCAUUCUAUAGUAACUCUGACCGGUUCCCUUUAAUCUCUUCUUAUGCAUGUCCAUACCCUCUCAACCUUACUUCCCUCACCUUCUCUGCAAUGUAUUUUAAAUUUUGUAUUUUAAUUGAUAUCGUAGGACCUGCCUGAAAAUCACCUUGUUGUGAGUGUAGCUUCCUACUGAAAUACUGUUAUAAAUAAAAAAAAAAUAAAAAAUGUCUAAGUCGCUCUACGUCGCUACAUCUUCUUCUGAUCUCUUCAUUCCAUAAUAUCUCUGAUCGGUUCUCUUUUUAAAAUCUCUUCUUAUUUUGUGUCCAUGCCAUCUCAACCUUCCUUCCCUCACCUUCUCUGCAACGUCUACGUCCCUACAUCUUCUUCUGAUCUCUUCAUUCCAUAAUGUCUCUGACCGGCUCUCUCUUAUCUCUUCUUAUUACGUAUCUAUACCAUCUCAACCUUGCUUCCCUCACCUUCUCUGCAAUGUCUACCACUCCACAUCUUCUGAUCUCUUCACUCCAUAAUGUCUGUGACCAGCUCCCUUCAUCUCUUCUUAUUACGUGUCCAUGCCAUCCAACCUUGCUUCCCCCACCUUCUCUGCAAUGUCUACCACACCACUUCUUCUGAUCUCUUCGUUCCAUAAUAUCUCUGACUGCUCUCCUUCAUCUCUUCUUAAUAUCACGUGUGCGUACCAUCUCAACCUUGCUUUUUUCAUUUUUUCUGCAAUGUCAACUUCAUUUUCUUCUGACCCCUGCAUUUACCAUUCCUUCAACGAAACCCCUAGGAUUAAUAAUAUUUAACAAGUAUGCUGAGUUAACAUAAAUGCUUUCGUCUCAUUUCAGGCGGUCGAAUCAAAAUACCAAACAAUAAAAAGAGCCAAUCAGAGACUCGAAUCUGAAGUAAUGAGUUUACAUUCGAAAUUAGAUGCACGAAAAAGAGAUAGGGAUAGGUAGCACAACAGAUAAAAAAUGCAUAUAUAAAUAGAGAAAUAUAUUUGUUUACAUUGUCUGUGUAUCAGCUUAUUCUGUAUUAGGA